GGCAGAGUGAGCUGUCUUUUGCAAAUGAAAUCGUGCCAUAAUGUCGGAGGAUCAAAACAGAACAACAACCAUGGAGGUGGACGCUGCUUUUAUCAAAUCCAAGAGGGGGAUCCUGAAAGUAGCAGAAUUGGGGACUCUGUUUGUAGGUUUUGUGUGUUUUGCUACAGCAGCCACACCAAAGUUCACUGCAGCCACAGCGCUGGAGUUUCUGAUCACUUUAUUUCUGGUGUUGCUGUACCUGUUUAAACUCAACAAGAAGCUGACUUUCUUCUUUUGGCCUCUAGUCGAUGUUUUUAACUCCGUGUUUGCAGCAGUCUACUUUGUUAUCCUGAGCAUACUGGCGUUGGUGACAUACACUGUCACAGGCAUGCUGGUUGGAGGGAUAGUUGGUCUCCUGACAGCUGGGCUGCUGUGUGCUGACACCUACAUGCUUUUCAAGAACAUCACAUUAAACAACCGAAGAAGUGAAACCCAGAAUCAAGUCAACCAAUGAAUAAAUAAAUGACAGUAAAUUAAUUAAGUGCAUACACUGUUUACUUUCAAUUUACCUUAUUGUAAGGUUGACCUGUACUAUACUAUUCAAACUUUGUACCAGUUUAAAGCAUAUUUAAGGUUCUGUAGUCAUUUGAAUUGACACAAAGACUUUUUAUUAUUUGUGAAAUGUUAAUGUUUUUAGAUUAUUUUUUAUUUGAAUGACUCAAGUCUAAUGUAAACUGCCAUUAAAGAGUUUUCUUUGCCGUGUGA